AUGGUCAAAAUUGUACAAGGAUUUUCAAGAUGUAUAUUGUUUGAAAUUAAACAAAAUAACAUUAAAUCACAAGCACAAAGAUUUGUGGGCACCGGUAGUAUCUAUACUAAUAAAGUCAGUUCAAGUGAUAAUGGACACCAUGAACAAGUUCCGGCAGAAGACUUCGCUAGUGUCACCGUUUAUUUUUCGGAUAUCGUGGGAUUUACAUCUAUUUGCGCCUCUAGCACUGCGAUGGAAGUUGUCUGCAUGCUCAACACACUUUACAAGCUUUUCGAUGACCGCUUAAGCAAAUACGACGUUUACAAAGUUGAAACAAUUGGAGAUGCUUAUAUGGUAGUUUCAGGAUUACCUCAGAGGAAUGGAAAUCGACAUUCAGCCGAAAUUGCUUCCAUGUCUCUAGAUUUAAUUCAAGCAGUUUCUACACAUUUUAGAAUUCCACAUCGUCCGACUGAGACGAUCAAAAUAAGAGCAGGAGCUGCAACGGGACCCUGCGUUGCUGGAGUUGUUGGAAAUACAAUGCCAAGAUACUGUUUGUUUGGCGACACUGUCAACACGGCAUCAAGAAUGGAGAGUACUGGAGAAGCAAUGAAGAUACAGAUAUCAGAAACUACAAAAGUAGCUUUGGAUAAAAUUGGAGGAUAUUGCGUUGAACAUAGAGGAUCGUUCGAGGUUAAGGGUAAAGGAAUGAUGAACACCUAUUGGCUUCUGUCUAAAGAAGGUAAGAGCAACGAGAACGUGGCAACUUAUUCGCAGAAUUUUCUCACCACGGUAACUCCAGAUUUUAUUCAUCUAAUUGCCGAUUAG